UUUUCAUCUACAGCAAACGUUCGUUCAGCGUUGCUUACCGUAGCGGAAGCAAUGGGUGUAUCAGAGUGGUUUGUGCUCGCUACACUCAUUGCGGCGUAUCUGAUCUAUCGGUGGAGCAUCGCGACAUAUGAUUAUUUCGAUAAGCGAAAGGUACCAUACGUGAAGCCGCAUCCGUUGUUCGGGGGCCUGUGGCCGGUUUUCUCUCACCUCAGUGAUGUAGCCGAUAUGGGGUACAACAUGUUCCCGGAAAAUCGUUUCUCAGGAUUUUUCACGUUCCGCCAACCGGGAUAUUUGGUCCAUGAUCCAGCUUUGGCCAAACAGAUUAUGAUCAAAGACUUUGAUCACUUCACCGAGCAUUUGAAUACGAUUUCGGAGGAUGUGGAUCCCAUUCUGGGGCGUGCGCUGUUUUUCAUGGACGGUCAACGAUGGCGGCAUGGACGGUCUGGAUUGAGUCCCGCCUUCACAGGAAGCAAAAUGAGGAACAUGUUUACUUUGCUGUCGAAGUAUGUGGAUGGUGCUAUGCAGAGAUUGGCGCAGGAUGCUGGACAUGGGGAGAUGGAAUUGGAUAUACGUGAUCUGUUUCAAAAACUUAUCAGCGACAUCAUCACUUCAGUUUCGUUUGGCGUGGAAAUCGACUCCGUUCAUAAUCCGAACAACGAAUUUUUUAAAAGAGGGAAACAGUUGACUGCCGCUGCAGGAUUCCAGGGUCUCAAAUUUUUCUUAUGGAAGGUUAUCCCAAAUAGUGUUUUUAAAUUUUUCAGACUGAGUUUCCUAUCUAAGGAGGUGGCUGAUUUCUACGUUGAUGUCGUAUCGAAGACCAUCAAACUACGCGAAGCAAAUAAAAUCGUGCGACCUGAUUUCAUUCAUUUGUUAGUUCAAGCUCGUUUGAAUGAACUUAAAGAAGAUGAGGCAGACGACGAACUGAAAAGUGCUGGAUUUACUACUGUUGUGGAGCAUAUUGAAGCAUCAACGGAGAACAGUCAAUAUACCGAUUUGGACAUCACAGCUGUAGCUGCGUCUUUCUUCUUUGGUGGCAUAGAAACGACAACGAAUUUGCUUUGUUUCGCUUUGUAUGAAAUAGUGGGGAACCGAGAAGUUAAACAAAAGUUGGAAGCAGAAAUUAAUUCAGUUAGAGAAGGACUGGGAGGAAAAGCUUUGACCUAUGAAGUACUCCAGAAGAUGGAAUACCUUGACAUGGUCAUAACGGAGAGUCUACGGCGGUGGUCACCUCUAGGAUUCACCAACCGCGUUUGCGUUAAGCCGUACAUCUUCGAGGACCACAACGGAACUAAAGUAACUGUUGAAAAAGGUCAAGUUGUUCAGAUACCUAUACAGUCGUUUCAUCGAGAUCCCAAAUUCUUCCCCGAUCCGUACCGAUUCGAUCCGGAACGAUUCUCCGACGAAAAUAAACACAACAUCAAUCAGGAUGCGUUCCUACCGUUUGGAAGUGGACCCCGAAACUGCAUCGGAUCAAGACUGGCACUGAUGCAAGCCAAAUGCUUGUUGUAUUAUUUUUUCGCAAAUUUUUCUGUGGAGUAUUCCAACAAAAUGGAUGUGCCAAUCAAAAUAAGUAAGUUAUCUUUGACAUAUACCGCAUUGAAUGGAUUUUGGUUUAAAUUGACACCAAGAAAAGUUACAUCAUGAAAAGUUUCAAACAUGAGAUUUUACCGCUGUGCUUGGAAAAAAACCGUUGCCGUCGUCGCCACUUAUUUUAAUGCACCAAUGGUUGUCUAUGUUUGCUCGUUUUUGUUUUACAUAUGUUUUUAAAUCAAAAUACACACUUCACUGUUGUUCAUCUAACUAAAA